ACUCGAGACGAAACGGAUCCCUCCUUUGAUUGGCCACAAAAGCGCUACGUGGACAUCGAGCAGCAACAGGUAGAGCGCGUGACCGUCACCGUUAUCAUUUCAUUCUGACUGCGACUGGCAGGAAGACAACUCAUUAUCGCUAUCCGCGACCCUCGCAUCGCGCACACAUCUCCACGAGUUUGGUGGACAUUUAUUUCGAGGGCCUACACCAGGGUGUGGGUGAGUCAAGUAUGAAGUCCAAAGGAAAGGGGUCAAAGCGUGGCAGACAGUCUUGGGCAGAGCAGGACGACCCAGACUUUAUGCUGGAAACAGAGCCUGGUUCCAGCGAGCAGGAGGGUUCAGAGGCAUCCGUGAGGCUGGGAGGGACAUGGAGAACAUUGAGGGGUGAGAGACAUGGCGGUUCCCGCGUGGGCACACGUCGCAGACGGCAGCACGGCAGUACUAAGGAACGCAACGUCCGCAGGCUGGAGAGUAACGAGAGAGAGAGGCAGAGGAUGCACAAACUCAACAACGCCUUUCAGGCCCUACGGGAGGCCAUUCCUCAUGUCAAAACAGACAAGAAACUUUCCAAGAUCGAGACUCUCACGCUGGCCAAGAACUACAUCAAGGCCUUAACCACAAUAAUCCUGGGCAUGUCGAACGCCUGCCUGCCUCACGCCGAGAGUGACAUGGAGACUCAUGCCUCCCGGCUCCUGCAGUGCUAUCAGCAGCAUCUACAGGAGGAGGGAGAAGAGGAUCUGUCCAACUACCUGAGCCACAUUCACAGCUUCAACCAGGGCAGCUAACACACGCUGCCACAGACUCAGUGAGCGCGGUGUAAAAACAUGCAUGAUGACGAAUACCAGCUCUGAAGACUAACAAAAGGGUCCAUCUGAAUAACCCUGAGUUUACAAGCUAAAGGUGGUCCAUAAACAGGCUCAUUUAUGUACAGAAUAUGCACAGAUUAUAUUGCCCACAAACAAUGUGGUGGUUAUUUGCCAUCAUCAUUGUUAAAUUACUAGCCACUAACUCUUUGGAUUAUGAAGGGCCACAGUCUGCUGGUCAUUAAUGUAGUUUACCCAAAAACGUCACAAAAGAAGAUGCUUUGCUCAUAUAGUGAAAGUCAGUGGGGUCCAAAACAACACUAGAGCCCUGAUUUUCAUAGUAUGAACAAAAAAUAAAUAAAAAAAUCUUCAUUUGUGUUCCAUGAAACAGUCAUACAGAACUGGAACGACAUGAGGGUGAGUAAAAUUAUAAUUUUUGGGUGAACUAUCCAUUUAAAUGGGUAAGUACUUAAUAUUAAAAAUGCAAAGUUUUGGAGCAAAUUUCAUAUUUAUUGAGAGGACACAUACCAUGCACAUAUGACACUGAGAGGAGUUUACUGUACUUAAAUAAUGACACUUUACCCUGUUAUUUGUCUACAUUUAAUCAUUUCAAACUAUAAUAUCCUUUUCUUUUUCUAGUGAUUUCUCUCAUGCCUGCAUAAAGUUCUUUAUAUACAGAAGCAACCAUAAAUAAUGCCCUAUAGGAUGUCACACAAUUAAUGCAGUUUCACAUUAGGACCGUAAAUUACCCAUAAAUAUUCCAUAUUUAUACAUCCACAUGUACAAUAUAACUUUGUAGAAGAAGAAUAAAACGAACUAUUCAUCCUAAUAAAACCAUUUGGAAAGAUUUGUUAUAAACACUGUUACUUUUUUAAAUUUGUGCUGCCUUUAAAUGGAAUUAAACCACAUAUAUCUCUACGUAUAAAUUAAAUAUGCCAACAUCCUGAGAAAUGUUUCACAACAUCGUCUGCACAUUUUCAAGUGCAAAAGUAAAUAUUGCACUCUUUCAUCAAUGCCAACAGUUAAAUAAGUGACUGAACAUACACUACCAUUCCAAACUUAAAGGUCGGCAAGAUUUUAGUUUUUUUUGUUUUAGUAUCUUAUGCUCACCACUGCUUUUAUUUGAUCAAAAAUAAAAACUUAUAUAUAAUUCUGUAAUACUCAGUCAGAACUC